AUGACUGGCACGACAGGCGAACCAGAGCCAUUAUAUUGGAAUUUUCCUCUUUCAAUCCAUCUGUUAAUUUACUUUGCAUCGCGACGUAUUUCUAUGAGGUCUUCUGGAUACAGCACCCCGUUCACAAGAACUGAGGUUAUUUCAUUAGACUCAACAGGGGCUGGUUCGCAACAAUUUUACCUCAUCUGUAUUCUGUUCUUUACCAUAUUUGUCACGUUUUACCUUGGAAGAGAGUGCUACAGGCUGUACAAACAAAGUUCUCGAUAUUUUAAAUCUUUAUGGGGUUGGGUAGAAAUAUUCCAAGUAUUGUUUUCCUUGUUGGCUGUGGUAAUGUACAUCGUGAGAUCCAAAAAGGCGACCUCUACGAUUCAGAAGCUUCAGAAAAACAUUUACGCAAACCCCAGUUUUCAUGCAAGAAGUCAUCAUUUGGCUUGA